AUGGUCGACUACGACUCCGACUCGGGCUCCGACGCCACGAGCGCCAGCGACGAGGCCACGCCGACGACCUCGACGGCCGCCACGCCCGUCGAGUGGCUCGCCACAGGCCGCGCCAAGCGCUCGACGGCCGGCAACCGGAUGAAGUCGAUGCUGGCCCACGAAGACCCGGACUCGGACCUCGAGCUGCUCUUCGCCGAGGACGACGACGACGCCGGCUUCACGGACGUCGAGGACGGCGCGUCCGACGUGCACAUGGACUCGUCGUCCGACUCGGAGGACGACGCAGCGCCGAACGGCGGCACCGCUGACCAGGACCUCGCCGGCGAGCACGAGCUCGAGAGGCAGGCCAAGGAGCGCCGCGCCGCCCAGCGGCGGAAGCGCAAGGCCAACGACGCCAUACCCGCCAAGUUUCGCAAAAAGGUCCGCAUCACCGCCGACGGGCCGCCGCCUGCCGCCGACGCGACGACGACGACGACGACAACGGCGGCCCCGCGGCCCAAGAAAAAGUCGGAGCGCACGAGCUGGCUGCCGACCGUCACGGACAUGCCGACGCGCGCGUCGGCGCGGCAGACGACGGUGCUCAGCAAGGAGCAGCUGCACAACCAGAUGGUCGAGAGGGAGGCCAAGCGGCUGAAGCAGGUGGCCGCCAUGGAGAAGAAGGCCAAGAGGCUCGCGGCGCUGAAGAAACCCCCCAUGACCCAGGCUGAGCGCCUCGCCGAGGCGGCCCUCGUCGAGAAGAGGAAUGCCAAGAGCCUGAACCGCUGGGAGGAGGCCGAGAAGGCGAGGGAGGAGGAGCGCGCCGCCAAGCUGGCGGCCCUCAACAACCGCACCCUCAAGGGGCCCGUCAUCACCUUCUGGAGCGGCAUGGGCCAGUGGGAGGGCGAUGCGAACGGCGGCAAGACGGUCACCAUGGAGGAGAAGCAGCCUCGGAAGAAACGAGAGAAAAAGGAGAAGCCGGAGAAGGGCAAGGCCAAGGCUGACAGGCAGGGAGCUGCUGCACCGGAGACGGACGCCGCGACACCUGCUUUGAGGGUCACGCCAGCGACAGCACCGGCAACAGCAACAACAUCGCCAAACACGCCCAUCUCGGCUGUGGACAUGGGGCUGCCGAAACUACCUGAGACCUCUGUGCCUCCACUCAAAGUGGAAGACGCACCAAGCCCGGCACCGCCCGGCACCAGCGGGCACCAGCAGCACCGCCUACGGAUCCUCAGCCCUGGACCUGUGGCCCCUCCGACCAUCUCGCCAUCACCACAGGGCCCCUCUCCUCUGGCUCUUCCCGCCCCUCCUCCUCCUCCUGCUGCUGCUGCUCCUCUUUCUGCUCCCGCUGUAGCCUCUCCUCUUGCUCCCUUGGCAGCUCCUGCUGCACCACAAUCUGGCCUCAAGGCCCCCGUUCUCGCGCCGCCUGUGCUGGCGCCACCUCUCGGCGGCAUCCAUCUCAGCAGCUCCGGCAUGAACCCCAGGUCAAACGUGCUCGCUCCGCCAAAUACAACACAGAGGCCAUCGCCCCUGUCCCUGCCGCCAACGACGCCAGGCCAGCCGUCACACAACGCCGUGUCGGCAGUCUCCCAAGCGGGACAAGCCCCGUCACAGCCGCCUCAGCAGAUUCAACCCGCGCCGGCUCCUUCACAGACACAGCUGCAGCCUUUGCAACCACGAGCACCUGCCGCCCAGCCACCACCUCUCCAAACACAACUCGAGCCCCAACCCGGCAAAGGAGGCGUGCCCUCGCAGAAACCUGCUGCCGCCUCCCAGACGAACGAAACCACACCGGCAUCGUCAACCCUUCCCACACCGUCCGACCCUCACGCACCCCAAGCGUCGGCACAACCAGCACCACCGCCAGCAGGCCCCCACAAGACGACCCGCCACGCCAUCAUCCUCCAGAACUUUGCCGAACCCCUCAUAGCCAACAAGGCCACCCAGUCGCGCGUCCUCUUCGGCCCCCACCGCAAGCUCGCCAAGCUCGCCAAGCCCCCGGCCGCGCCGCUCUGUGCCAUCACGAACCACCCGGCCCGCUACCGCGACCCGCACACCGGCCUGCCCUACUUCAACGCCUACGCGUACCGCGAGAUCCAGCGCCUGCGCCGCGGCGAGUACCGCUUCAGCGCCCUCGUCGGCGCCUGGGUCGGCAGCUGCACCUACGCCGCCAAGGGCGUGCCCGUCGCGUUCCUCGGCGGGCCGGCGGCGCGAGCCAAGGAGAAGGAGGCCGAGAGGGCGGCCGAAGAAGAGAAGAAGAAGAAGCAGCAGCAGAUGGAAGCGGAGGCCAAGGAAAAGGAAAAGGAAAGACUCAGAGAGGCAGAGCAAAGGCAGAGACAGCAGCAGCAGGAGCAGAACGACGCAGCAAAACAGGUCCGGCCAGCAACGACGAGCGCGACGCAGCCAGACGGCGCCGUCGUCGCUGUCGCCGAGGCCGAACGCGCUGCACCACUGCCGACGGACGAGAUGGACGUCGACGUGCCCGCCCCCGUCCCUGCCGCCCGGCCACAGCUGCCCCAACAGCUCGCGGCCGGCACGGCGUCGACGGUGCCGCCCCCUCCGGCGCCGAGCGCGCCGUCCGCUGAGACCCCGGCUCCCGCUGCUGCCGCGCCCUCUGUGGCGCCUCCGCCUGCUGAGCAGGGCGCUCCGGCGCCUGCGGUGGUGUGA